GCCUCCUUCGCGGCUUUGGGAAGCUGGGCGGCAGAUGCCUCGGCCAGCGCCUCGCCGGAGCGGAAGGAGAGGAAGAAGAGUCGAAAGAAGCGGCUGGCUUCCUCCACAGCCGAGGACGCUGGAUUCAACACGGGUGAAGGUUCUCCGUUCUCUCCGUCUCCUGUGACAUCGCCGGAGAAUCAAGCGCAUCUUGAUGGAGCUUUCGGUGGAGCCGGCUAUGAUGCGCAGACCGCUGGUUAUGCCGGCCACGACGGCUACGACUUGGGACAAACCUCCCAAGGGUACCCCAAUGGCCAUACGGCAACUUGGGCUGAUUCGGGCGUUUCCCGGAUGGAGCCUUCUCCGGAGGCUGCAGACACGUCCUCCGAGCGCCGCGCGGCGCUGCAGGCCUUGGCAGGCCUCUUCGUGCAGCCGGAAAGCUUCGUCCCAGGAGGUGUAGAGCUUUGUGCUCCGCACGGCUUUGACCUCCAGGCCGCGGAGUUCAACCCUUUCGCGUUGGCUCGGCCACGCCAUGGGGCAGGGGCCGGGCCAGGGCCAGCAGCAGGCUGGCUGCAUCCAAGCGAACCAGGAGGCUUCGGCACAGCGGACAUCUCGGCCGUGUCAGGCUGGAACGGCUCCUUGCCGACGGCAAGGACGGCAGCCUAUGAAAGCACUGAGAAGGACGGCGGACGGGAGGAGAUCGAACGCCUCCAGGCGGAGCUGGGCAAUCUGCGCGAGAUGAUGGCCGAGCUUCGUAAG